AGGUGGAGCGGGGGACACUUCUUUCUUUCCAACGCUGGAGGCUGUGGGUGUGUCUCCUCGAGGGGUGGGGGUACUGAGCCUCCUGCUUUACUCGUCCGGGAACAAAUUGCUGUUUUGGCCGCGGCGGCUCUUCUGGGCGCGGGCGGCUGCCGUGUUCGCUGGCAAAUCGUGGGAAGGAGGAGGAGCGGCGCUGGCAGCAAGGCAACGGGGACCGCCGCGGCGCGGGAGACGGACUGGAGACAGCAGUGCGUCCCGCCCGGUCCCUGCUCCGCACCUCCUCCCUGUAGCGCAGGGUCCAGCGCAGAGCCGAGCUCCCUGGGACUGACACGAGUGGGCCCGAUCUUCCUCACUCCCGAACUGCAAGACCUGCAUGCCUAAGAUUAGGAAGUUUUGCCCAGCGUCUGACCUCUAGCGGUCUCCGACCCUGUAGCGCGACCUAAGAGCAGAAAAGGUGACAGGCUAGACAGAAGCAUAGAGCGAGUCAAGGGUCUAGGUUCCUUUCUCCACUGCACUCCUUCUCCACUCUGGAGUCAAAGGAAAGCCAUCCGAAUCACACUCCUAGGGCUACCCACCCUCCAGUUUUCUCAAGAAUGCUGCCUGCAGUUGCAUCUCCUAGUAGCAGCUCCAUUUUCCAGAGUCAAGCUAAGGCUAAGAAAGGCUUGCACGCCCCAAAGCUGUGUUCAGAAGCCCCUCCCCUGCGCAGUUUGAGUUCCUCUGGGGCCUAAACCUCCACCAACCACCCAGCCUUCACCGCCUCCUGGUCGCUAGUCCCCUUUCCUAUGACACUCUUCUCUGGAAAUGCAUCUUCUAUCACAUACAUCCCCCCGCCCCACACACACACCCGAGCCCUCCUCCAGUCCCUCCAGGGAAGGAGAGGCUGCUAGGAGGCUCUCAGAGAACUCCCAGUCUGUAGAGAAGACGCCUCGCCCCUGCGGCUGAGGCUGAGUCAGACUGAGCAGACCAGGCUGCCGUUCUCCGAGGGGCGGGCGGAGCGGCCAGGGCGGUCUGAGCGGCAGGGACAGUGGAGCGGCAACCUCCCCCUGCCCUCGCCGAGGUCCCGAGGGGAGGGGGACAACUCGGCAGGAGGCCUGUCCCUUUAAGGAGGCGGCCCUGACUGGGUGUGCCCCGUCUCCAUGGUUACCCCGACAGACGGAGGGAGCUGCGGGGAUCCGGCGGUGGCGCCAAGCGGAGCCGCCCGCAGCAGAGACGGGAGCCCAGCGGGCAAGAGGUGCCGAGAGGGCCGCAGCUUCGGAGCUUGGAGCCCGGGAUUCGUGGGCGGCGAGGGCGCUAGGGGCCUCGCGCCAUGCUCACGGCCCCGACGGCGCGGACGCCCCCUUGCGCGCUGGCGGCUGGCGGGUCCUGCGAGACCCUGUUGGGCAUUGCCCCCCGACGGCUGCUCUAGGGGGCGCAGGGCCCGGAGGGGGGCGGGCGCCCUCCCCGGGCGCUGAGUCCCCGCGCCCCGGAGGGAUGGGGCGGGCGGCCGAGGCCGCCUAAGAUGCCGGCCAUGCGGGGGCUACUGGCGCCGCAGAACACCUUUCUGGACACCAUCGCCACACGCUUCGACGGCACGCAUAGUAACUUCGUGCUGGGCAAUGCCCAGGUGGCAGGGCUCUUCCCUGUUGUCUACUGCUCUGAUGGCUUCUGUGACCUUACGGGCUUCUCCCGGGCUGAGGUCAUGCAGCGGGGCUGUGCCUGCUCUUUCCUCUAUGGACCAGAUACCAGUGAGCUCGUCCGCCAACAGAUUCGAAAGGCCCUGGAUGAGCACAAGGAAUUCAAGGCUGAGCUGAUCCUAUACCGGAAAAGCGGGCUUCCUUUCUGGUGUCUUCUGGAUGUGAUACCCAUAAAGAAUGAGAAAGGGGAGGUGGCUCUCUUCUUGGUCUCUCACAAGGACAUCAGUGACACCAAGAACCGAGGGGGCCCUGACAGCUGGAAGGAGACAGGUGGUGGCCGGCGCCGAUAUGGCCGGGCAGGAGCCAAAGGCUUUAAUGCCAACCGGCGGCGGAGCAGGGCUGUGCUCUACCACCUCUCUGGGCACUUACAGAAGCAGCCCAAGGGCAAGCACAAGCUCAAUAAGGGAGUAUUUGGGGAGAAGCCAAACUUGCCAGAAUACAAAGUUGCUGCCAUCCGGAAGUCACCUUUCAUCCUGCUGCACUGCGGGGCACUGAGAGCCACCUGGGAUGGCUUCAUCCUGCUCGCCACACUCUAUGUGGCUGUCACUGUGCCCUACAGUGUGUGUGUGAGCACAGCCCGGGAGCCCAGUGCCGCUCGUGGCCCACCCAGUGUCUGUGACCUGGCCGUGGAGGUCCUCUUCAUCCUUGAUAUUGUGCUGAAUUUCCGCACCACAUUUGUGUCCAAGUCGGGCCAGGUGGUGUUUGCUCCAAAGUCUAUUUGCCUGCACUAUGUCACCACCUGGUUCCUGCUGGAUGUCAUCGCAGCACUGCCCUUUGACCUACUACACGCCUUCAAGGUCAAUGUGUACUUUGGGGCCCAUCUGUUGAAGACCGUGAGGCUACUGCGCCUGUUGCGCCUGCUGCCACGCCUGGACCGGUACUCCCAGUACAGCGCUGUGGUACUGACCCUGCUCAUGGCUGUGUUUGCCCUGCUCGCCCACUGGGUGGCCUGCAUCUGGUUCUACAUCGGCCAGCAGGAGAUUGAGAGCAGUGAAUCUGAGCUGCCUGAGAUUGGCUGGCUGCAGGAGCUGGCCCGACGACUGGAGACCCCCUACUACCUGGUGGGCAAGAAACCAGUUGGAGAGAACAGCUCUGGCCAGAAUGACAACUGUAGCAGCAGCAGCAGCAGCAGCAGCAGCGAGGCUAAUGGGACUGGGCUGGAGCUCCUGGGCGGCCCAUCACUACGCAGUGCCUACAUCACUUCCCUCUACUUCGCACUCAGCAGCCUCACCAGCGUGGGCUUUGGCAAUGUGUCCGCCAACACGGACACUGAGAAGAUCUUCUCCAUCUGCACCAUGCUGAUUGGUGCCCUGAUGCACGCAGUGGUGUUUGGGAACGUGACCGCCAUCAUCCAGCGCAUGUACGCCCGCCGCUUUCUGUACCACAGCCGCACUCGUGACCUGCGUGACUAUAUCCGUAUCCAUCGGAUCCCCAAGCCCCUCAAGCAGCGCAUGCUUGAGUACUUCCAGGCUACCUGGGCUGUGAACAAUGGCAUCGAUACCACUGAGCUGCUGCAGAGCCUCCCUGAUGAGCUUCGUGCAGACAUCGCCAUGCACCUGCACAAGGAGGUCUUGCAGCUGCCGCUGUUUGAGGCAGCCAGCCGAGGAUGCCUGAGGGCACUGUCCCUGGCCCUGCGGCCUGCCUUCUGCACACCUGGCGAAUACCUCAUCCACCAGGGUGACGCUCUUCAGGCCCUCUACUUCGUCUGCUCUGGCUCCAUGGAGGUGCUCAAGGGUGGCACUGUGCUCGCCAUCCUAGGGAAGGGCGAUCUGAUUGGCUGUGAGCUGCCCCAGCGGGAGCAGGUGGUAAAGGCCAAUGCCGACGUGAAGGGGCUGACCUACUGCGUCCUGCAGUGCCUGCAGCUGGCUGGCCUGCACGAUAGUCUUGCACUGUACCCUGAAUUUGCCCCACGCUUCAGCCGUGGUCUCCGAGGGGAGCUCAGCUACAACCUGGGUUCUGGGGGAGGCCCUGCAGAGGUAGAUACCAGCUCCUUGAGUGGUGACAACACCCUCAUGUCUACACUGGAGGAGAAAGAGACAGAUGGGGAACAGGGCCCCACAGCCUCACCGGCCACAGCAGAUGAGCCCUCCAGCCCUCUGCUGUCCCCUGGCUGCACCUCCUCAUCCUCGGCUGCCAAACUGCUAUCCCCUCGUCGAACUGCGCCCCGGCCACGUCUAGGUGGCAGGGGGCGACCGAGCAGGGCAAGGGCUUUGAAGGCUGAGGCUAGUGCUUCUGCUCACCCACGGACUCUGGAGGGACUGCGGCUGCCCCCCAUGCCAUGGAAUGUGCCCCCAGACCUUAGCCCCAGGGUUGUAGAUGGCAUUGAGGAUGGUUGUGGCUCUGACCAGCACAAGUUCUCUUUCCGCGUGGGUCAACCUGGCCUGGAAUGUAGCAGCAGCCCCUCCCCUGGACCAGAGAGUGGCCUGCUCACUGUCCCCCUUGGGCCCAGCGAGGCAAGGAAUACGGAUACACUGGACAAGCUACGGCAGGCGGUGAUGGAGCUAUCUGAGCAGGUACUACAGAUGCGGGAGGGACUGCAGUCACUUCGCCAGGCUGUGCAGCUUGUCUUGGUACCCCAUGGGGAGGGCCCAUGCCCUAGGGCAUCAGGAGAGGGGCCUUGCAGAGGUACAGUCAGUGCCUCUGGGCUCCUGCAGCCUCUCCGUGUGGACACUGGGACAUCCUCCUACCUACAGCCCCCAGUUGGCUCUGUCUUAAGUGGGACCUGGCCCCACCCUCGUCCAGGGCCCCCUCCCCUCAUGGCACCCUGGCCCUGGGGGCCCCCAGCAUCUCAAAGCUCCCCCUGGCCUCGAGCCACAACUUUGUGGACCUCCACCUCAGACUCAGAGCCCCCUGGCUCAGGAGAACUCUGCUCUGAGCCUAGCACCCCAGCUUCGCUUCCUCCUGAGGAAGGGGCUGGGACUGGGCCCCCAGAGCCUGUGAGCCAGGCAGAAACUACCAGCACUGGAGAGCCCCCACCAGGAUCAGGGAGCCGGGCCUUGCCCUGGGACCCCCACAGCCUAGAGAUGGUGCUUAUUGGCUGUCAUGGCCCUGGCACAGUCCAGUGGACCCAGGAAGAAGGGACGGGGGUUUGACUGUGCUACAGACAUGCCAACCUCUGCUGCUCUGCCCAAUCUCAGGACUCCAUGCUGCCUGCUGGCUCAGGGCAGGGAACCAGAGACAUGAGGGGGAUUUGGCUCCCUGACUCUUAGGAGUGGGCUGGAGCCUCAAAAGCAAACCCCAGAGCUGAGAAUCUGCAGGUCCCUACUUCUGGAGCCCUUCUAUAGCCUGCUCUGUUGUUGACCUUGUCACCCUCUGUGGGCUGAGGGCAGAGGCCUGAGGACAAGGAGAGAUUCCGCCCUCUCUUGCAUGUGCCCCAUCUCUACCUGUCCUUACAUUUUUUAUAUUAAAAAAGCAUAAUAAAAAAAGAAACUACUUUGGAA